AUGCCUCUCUCCUACAAUGUCACUCUGAAGCCCGACGCUCCUGCGGAAGAACUCGAGGCUGCCAAGGAGCAAGCUAUUGGUAAGGGCGGUACCAUCAAGCAUGAGUACAGUCUGAUCAAGGGCUUCGUCGUCGAGUUCCCUGAUGACCAUGUGGAUACCCUCGAGUCCAACGACCACGUCCACGUUGAGAAGGAUGCCGAGGUGAAGACCCAGGACUAG